CCGAGCGAUGGCGAGGCCGUGGCCUGCACGACAGGUCGCGUCGGCCGCCCUUCUGGCCCUCGCGGGCCCUCGGUCGGCGCAGCCCCGGGCGCCGCGCGCGCCGGGCGCCGGGGCCCCGCCAUGUGGCAGCGGCUCUGGGCGGGGCCCGCCCCGUGCGAGGACGUCCCGAAGGCCUCCAGCCUGCGGCCAGUGAAGAAGCUGAACAGCAUCUCCAAGAGCGAGGAGAACAGGGCCGCUUCGGCGCGGGUGGCCGAGCUGCAGGCGGCCCUCGCGCAGGAGCGGGAGCGCGUCGGCCAGAAGGACGAGGAGCUCCAGGCCGCGGGCCAGCUCGUCGCCAAGCUCGAGCAGGCCCUGGAGCUCCAGCAGAGGGAGCAGGAGCGCAUCGCAACGCUCGAGGAGGCGCUCGCCAAGCGGCGGGGCGGUGAGGACGUGAAGGUGGAGAAGCUGCUGCUGGCGGUGGCUGGCGAGAAGCAGCUCGCCGAGGAGCGGGCGGAGGAGCUCGGACGAGCCCGGUCCCAGCUGGCGGAGGCGCGGAGGCUGCGCGAGGAGGAGCAGUCCAAGCGCCAGGGCGAGGAGAGGUGGCUCGCAGAGCUGGACAGGCAGCUGGGCGAGGCCGAGGCCCGGCUCGCGGACGGGGAGCGCGCCCGGGCCGAGCUGCAGCAGGGGCUCCUCCAGGAGCAGCAGCAGCUUGCAGACGUGCUGCAGAGGCGCGAGGCCACCGUGGGCGAGCUCGCCGACCUCCAGCGCCGGCGCGCCCGGGACGGGGGCUCGCCGGCCGCCGGCUAUGCCCGAGACAGCACCGAACUCCAGCAGCAGAUCACCGAGGAGCUGCUCGUGCGCCAGCAGGUGCAGCGCGAGAUGAUCACCAACAUGCAGAACCUGUUCGCCAUGCAGCAACAGCUGGCCCAGGAGCGCAGCCUCGACGCGCAGGGCUCGGCGCUGGGGUGGCACUCCCCCGCCGUCCCCGGCCAUCCUCGAAAGGCGCUGCCCUGGGCCGCCUCGGGCAGCCUGUCCUCGGGGCAUCCGCCUCGGCGAGGCCUCGCCCCCCAGCUCUGGCAGGGCGUGCCCGGCGGGGCAGCCUCCCCGGGCGUUGCCGCGCGGGAUUUGGGCCAGGCGGGCGCUGCCGAGCGGCAGCUGGCCAGCGGGGAGUCUCCGCUGCGAGGGCACCAUCAAGCGCACCCGGCCCAGUACAGGCUUGUUUCUACGGUCGGGGGGAACGUCCGCUACGAACAGCUGCAGCCGGGCGUACGCCAAGUCACCAGGCUGGCGUCGAGCGACGUUCAGUCGCGGCUGGAUCGUGGUUCGACGACGUUCGGAUGAUGCUGGGUAUCGGUCAGGUUCCAGUAUGUGCUGCGCCUGUGCUGCUGCAGAACGUCAAACAUCGCGACGACACCUGCACUGAAAAGAGAUCGCGUCGAACAUGCCAACCAGGGAGGCCAUCGCGACC